UGGCUCUUGUGCGGCACUGAACCAUUUUCCCGCGCUGUGUUCGUCGCAAAACAACACACCGAGUAGUUGUUAACCUGCGUGGACUUGGAGUGUAACUAGUCAAUCUGAUACGUUCAUCGCAAUUUAACGGCGCUAUUAGUGUCCUGAAUAUAUAACGAAAUGCCGUCAGCGUCAUCAUCAUCAUUAAAUUAUGACCCAGCGAGUCUACCGGAUUUACUGCCGCUUUACUACCGACGACUUUUUCCUUUUUCACAGUACUACCGCUGGCUCAACUAUGGAGGAGUGCAGAAAAACUAUUUUCAGAACCGCGAGUUCUCCUUCACCCUCAAAGAAGACAUCUACGUCCGCUACCAGUCUUUUACCACGCAGAACGAACUGGAGAAGGAAAUCCAGAAGAUGAACCCUUACAAAGUUGACAUUGGAGCGGUCUAUAGUCACCGACCCAGUCAGCAUAACACGGUGAAGUCUGGAACCUUCCAAGCUCUGGAGAAGGAGCUGGUUUUUGAUAUUGACAUGACCGAUUAUGAUGACGUCAGAAGCUGUUGCAGUGCUGCAGACAUUUGUUCCAAGUGCUGGACUUUGAUGAUCAUCGCAAUACGAAUCCUGGACCGAGCUCUUCGAGAGGACUUUGGCUUCCAGCACCUCCUGUGGGUCUAUUCUGGCAGAAGAGGGGUUCAUUGUUGGGUGUGUGAUGAAGUUGCCAGGACGCUUUCGGUAUCUGCUCGAUCCGCAGUGGCAGAAUACCUCAGUUUGGUCAAGGGUGGUGAGGAGACUGUAAAGAAAGUGGUGCUGACGGAGCCAAUUCAUCCCUUUAUUAGAGAAUCUCUGACAGUGGUUGAGAGAUACUUUUCCACAUAUGCACUGCAGGAACAGGACAUAUUGGGCCGCAAGGAGUCUGUAGAACAAGUGCUGGCCCUCGUGCCUGAAGAUGUUCGAAAAGAGUUACAGCAAGACUUCAAAAAUGAGAGGAACCCGGAGAAUAGAUGGCAACUCAUCAUUGAACAAGCCAGUAGGAAACAGGUGGCUGCCAAGAAGGGCCAGCACUUUGAGAAAGAAAUCAUGUUGCAGUAUUGUUACCCACGACUCGAUGUGAAUGUCAGUAAAGGGGUGAACCAUUUGCUAAAGAGCCCCUUCAGUGUCCAUCCUAAAACAGGGCGCAUCUCUGUUCCCAUGGACCUCACAGAAUUGGAUAUGUUUGAUCCCUUCAACGUACCCACAAUCAGUUUGAUCUGCAGUGAGUUGGAUCAUGCCAAGGUGGGUGAGGAGGAACAGGAUGAAAAUGAAGAAGAAACUGCUGAGAAACGAAAGAUCAGAGAUUAUAAAAGAACCAGUCUGGCAAAAUAUGUCAAGUAUUUUGAUACAUUUUUAGAUGGAGUCUCUCAGUCGUGGAAAGGAGAACUUCUCAGAAAGAGUGAUCUUCAAAAGGAAUUUUGAGCUGAUGAUGCAAACCAUCUUCAUUUGCAGCUUCUAUGAUGUUGCCAAUUCUCUGAUAAACGAUGACUUAAUUAUUCUGCUUUGAUAUCUUUAACUGUACUCUAUACACCCACAUUCCUGAUUAAACCUUAAUUGUUUUCUUGAGGCCCA